AUGUCCAACUCGAUGACCACCCCAUCUACGUCACGGCGAGCAUCGGUGUACCACCCCAGGCCCUCGUCACCCUCCCCCAGCACCUCUGGUUUCUCCUUCAUUGGAGAGGACGAGGCAUCCAGCGAUAGUGAUCACCUCUACUGGGAGUAUAGCAGGUCCCCGUAUAAGAGCAUAGGAUCCUUCGGGCGUCGUGCUAUCCAUUCAUCGCCUGCACUUACUAGCCAUUUUCACUCUUCAUCUUCAUCUCCAUUUAUCUCGUGCUCAGAUGCCUCGCCGUCGAAUGGCUCAUUUAAGUCCUUGCUUCCGCGUUUGUGGGACGUUCUCAUAGCGUCGCCGACCAAAACCAUCUUAUCUCCUUCCCGGCCCGCUCUGAGCGGCUCAGGCCGUCACGCUAAGUUUACUUCUUAUUCAACGGCAUCCUUCGGUCGUUUCAAAGGGAAAAGAAUGUAUCGUGAUCAUGACUACUACGAUGAUUCUAUCAAUUUCUUGGACUUGCCACCUUUAGAUGGUGACGAGGGAGAACUCAUCGAUGUGGACGAUGAGGCCUGCUUCAUCGCUGUUGAACAUCCCUGGGGAUUCAUCAAUGCUUCUAGAGCUAGGGUAGUGACUGGAAUUGAUAUUCUCUCGCUCCUUCCCCCUGAACUUUCUUUGCAAGUUCUGUCAAUGCUUGCAUUAAUCCCUUCUCGCCUUCCCUCAUCAGCGUCGCUACAAGACCAUUAUCCGUCACACGAGGAUGGGUUGCACGCGAUCAUCACAUGUUUAGCAGUCUCACAGACGUGGCGACGCCUUGCCAACGACAACAGUGUUUGGCGUGCAUUCUUUACCUCACGCUGGGGCAAUCUGGAAUGCCCAAAGAGGUUCCUUGAGGGAAAGAACUUGCAGUACGCCAACCAUUGGACACGAAGAAUACAUACGGCGUCGGGUACCAUCAAUUAUCGUCAUCUAUAUCAAGAGCGCCUAGAACUCGAACGCCGCUGGGGUGCACUACCACGUCCGAAUCAUUCUAAUCACCUACCAUGGGAGCCCAAGAUCAUGAAAUUGACAGGCCACAAUGACAGCGUCUAUUGUCUUGAAUUGUGCCGUACGGCUUCGGGACAGCAACAUAUCAUUACCGGGUCUCGCGAUCGCACCAUCAAGAUGUGGUCGUUAAAGACGGGAAGAUGUUUAGGGACAUUCGGUGGCAACACCGGCGAUGUUGUCGACGGUCACCGAGGAAGUGUUCUAUGUUUGAAGUUCUUCUGGGAGAAUGACGGUCGAAAUGGGGUGCUGUACUCAGGUUCUAGUGACUGUACCGUGUGCGUUUGGGAUGUUUGGAUCGCGAAAACAAGCCGUUCACGACAUUUUGACGAUACCGAUGAAGACAUUGAAGUUCAAGCACGCAUUAAGACUGUGUUGAGAGGUCAUGGUGGUGGUGUGUUGGAUUUGAGAGUGGAUGCUAACUGGAUUGUUAGCUGUUCGAAGGACACCGUCAUCCGUGUAUGGCACCGUGACACGCUGGAAUUGUAUCGAACUCUUCGUGGUCAUGAAGGCCCUGUCAAUGCCGUAUGCCUCGAAGGUGGCAAAUUGGUCAGUGCUAGUGGCGACGGAAAGAUGAUCCUGUGGGACAUAGCAAAGGGAGAACGACUGAGGACCUUGGAGGGGCACGACCGGGGAUUGGCAUGUAUCGAGUUCAAGGACGACCUUAUAAUAUCUGGGUCGAAUGACUGCAGGAUCAAAGUUUGGUCGGCUACAUCUGGGGAGUGCUUGACUACCUUGGUUGGGCAUGAUGCUCUUGUCAGGGCGCUGGCUUUUGAUCCUCGGAGCAGGAGAUUAGUGAGUGCCAGCUAUGAUAAGAGUGUGAGAGUGUGGGAUGUGGGCACUGGCAAAAUGUUGCGAGAGUUCAAACAGAGUCAUACAAGUCACAUAUUCGAUGUCAAAUUUGACGUAUCGAGAAUCGUUAGUACCUCCCAUGAUCAACGAAUCGUUGUUUUGGAUUUCUCAGAAGGCCUAGAUGGUGCCGAGUUAUUUAUGGAUAUUACAUCUGUUUUAUUUUCUACCAUCUUCUCUAGGAACUAUUAG